AUGGCGGAGAUGUACGAAGCUUGGAUGAGUGGACAAGCUCCACUGUCUUCAAUCCGUGACUAUCUAAAUACAAAUAUGUCACCCUCUAUCCAAGUAUCGAUAAGUGAUCCAAUUUAUCCACCUGAAUUUGGUCCCUAUGCUAACGCAUCCAACGUAGCUGGAACUUCUACGGUGCGCCCUUUGAGUAGACCUAUGACGAGUAAUCCAUUCUUCGUGCCAACUGUGCCGACUAAUAGCGUCCCGCAACCUAUAAUGGAGCCACAAUCCAAGAGUGAUCCUCCACCUAAAGUUCAAUAUGAUCGAGAUUAUACCCUUGAAGUGACUUUUAAAAUUUCAGGCUCUUACCCUUACACUCAUCAAUAUAGUUCCCCUGUUGAAGCUGAAAAAGAUGUUAAGAAUGAGGAACAUGAAGAAAUGGCUAGAAAAAUGAAGAGUUUGGAACAAAGUUUCAAGAAAUAUGAUGGACAUGGAGAUCCUGUAGCUCAUUUAAAGAGAUAUUGUAAUCAACUGAGAGGGGCUGGAAGCAAAGAAGAAUUGCUCAUGGCCUAUUUUGGGGAAAGUUUGAUGGGAAUUGCCUCAGAAUGGUUCAUAGAUCAAGAUACUUCUAACUGGCAUACAUGGGAUGAUUUGGCUCGAUGUUUUGUUCAACAAUUUCAAUAUAACAUCGACAUAGUUCUAGAUCGUACUUCACUUACCAACAUGAGGAAAAAGACCACUGAAAAUUUUCGUGAAUAUGCUAUCAGGUGGAGGGAGCAAGCUGCUAGGGUUAAGCCACCAAUGAAAGAGUCUGAAAUGAUUGAUGUUUUUCUCCAAGCGCAAGAACCAGACUACUUUCAUUAUUUACUUUUCGUUGUUGAAAAAACAUUCACUGAAGUUAUUAAGAUUGGUGAAAUGGUGGAAAAUGGCAUCAAGUCUGAAAAAAUUGUAAGUCAAGCUGCCUUGAAAGCCACCACACAGGUGAUUAAAAAUGGAUCAGGAAAUCUUGGGGGAAAGAAAAUGAAGGAGGAUGUAGCAAAUGUUGUGUCUGACACACAAAAAGGUCUAAGGGAUCCAGUUUAUCAAUAUGCACCACCUCAAUUUCAUCACUAUCUCCCCAUGCAAGACACACAAUACUCUAUUGUCCCACCUCAAUAUGCAGUCUAUGAUGCACAACCAUAUACAUAUCCACCAAACUAUCCUCAAUGGCGAGCGCCAACAUAUCAAAAUAUACGUCCUUCUUCUCAAAAUUUUCGUACACCUUAUAAUCCCCGUCCAAGACAGGGAUUUGAAGGAGGUCAAAAACCCGUGAACAAUUUCACACCAAUUGGAGAGUCUUACAUGAAUUUAUUUGAGAAAUUGAAGCAUUUGAAUAUGAUAGAGCCGAUUCCUCAAAAUUCUACAGAUCCACGCUCAAAAGGUUUCAAUCCUAUAGCACGAUGUGCAUACCAUUCUAAUGCCCUAGGGCACAGUACUGAAGAUUGUCGAACUUUGAAAAGUGAGGUGGAAAAGAUGAUCCAAGCAAAGAUGAUUGUGGUCUAA